AUGGCCAUGGAUACUCUCUACGAAUACCAGAUAUGGCAACCUGAAGAAGGUGAAGAUGAUAUUAAUUUUGCCAUUUCCAAUUCUCACUUGCUUCCCUGUGACUGUUUCCUUUUUCACCUUCGCUUUCGCCAUGUUCUUCAGUCAAAUCACUCUCAAGAAUUUCACACUCUCCUAAAUUCCUCCCUAUCUUCGUCCUUGAUACCUUGCGAUGUCUUUCUCGCUAGUGGCUCCAGUAUCUUGAUUGCUGUUUUCUCCGACACUGGCGUCGCGCAAGACUUCUUGGAUGCGGCAGUACCGGAGGUUCUGUCCGUUGCGGCUGAUAUCGUUUGCAAUCCUCUUAAUGAUGGCCGUCGCAUAUUUCCGUUGGCGGUGUCUGUUUUAGUCGUUUCGCUGUACAAUGAACGCGAGGAAAUUGGGCGAGUUUUGCGGGAAUCAUCAGAGCAAGCGUUUAAAGCGUCGCCGGCGUGUGCGUCGGCUAUCGAAGGUUUGAAGAACGUGGAGAUUGAUGUCCGUGGAGAGCUGUUGAUCGGAGAAUGCAGAAUAUGUUUGGAUGAAUUGAUGAACGGAAUGGAAGUUACGCAAUUGCCGUGCGAUCAUUUUUACCACAGAGAGUGUAUCGUCAAAUGGCUAGAGACGAGUCAUUUGUGCCCGUUGUGCCGCUACGCAAUGCCAUUGAGCUGA